GUCUAUCCCGGGGUAACGAAGGAAUCAUAUAGUACGUCAAAGCGGCAGUUCUCCAACUUUCAUUUACAUUUUUUAAGGCGUGUGCAACGAUUUCGAGAAAAAUUUCGCUACGGAUAAUCUUUUAGAGUCUAGUAGAGUAUAUUUCAAUACUUGUCUUGCGUGGCCAUGUUAUCUUUACUCGGGCCAAAAAAGGCUUAAAAAGCCCAUAUUCAUGCAUUUUAAUCACAAAUCCAGUGAAUGUUCCUCGGCCCUCAACCCUUAUCAGUGUCAAUGUCAAGCAAGGACAUGACGUUGAUUUUUAGGUUAGUAGGUAGUAUGAAAUUUUUGAAUUCAAUAUGUACGUAAUUUCUUAUCGGUGAAUGGCUGUCCAUUUUGUUAUACAUUAAAAAUGAUUUAGUGAUAUGAGCUGCGUACGUUUGUUACGCAGUUAAGUGACACACUAUCAUUUCAGUAGAGUAGAAUGGAAAGGCUGGUUAAAGUAUGGAAAGUUGGAAAAAUUAGUUAUUCCAAAGCCUACAAAUUACAGAAAUAUCUGGCAAGUUUACACCAUAGGGAACAAGGAAACAACAACACUUUAUUGUGCUUAGAACAUCCUCCAGUGUAUACAAUUGGAAUCAGAACUGCAAGAUAUGAUAAUACCGAUAUAUCCGAUCUACAAAAACGAGGCGCAGAAUACUUUAAAACAGAUCGAGGUGGCCUGAUUACAUUUCAUGGUCCAGGACAACUAGUAGUAUAUCCAAUUUUAAAUUUAAAGCACUUCAAACCAAGCAUAAAAUGGUAUGUCAGUAGUAUACAGGAAACAGUAUUGAAAUUGUGUGAAGAAUUCAAUAUUCCUGCCGAGACAAAUUCUGAUACCGGUGUUUGGGUUGAGGAUAGGAAGAUAUGUGCGAUAGGCAUCCAUGGUAGCAAAUUCAUCACCACCCAUGGCUUCGCCAUAAAUUGCAACACAGAUCUCAGAUGGUUCGACUACAUAGUGCCUUGUGGUUUGGAAGGAAAAGGUGUCACCAGUUUCAGCAAUGAAGUUAAUAGACUGGUGACUGUAGGUGAAGUUAUGCCAAAGUUCUUAGACUGUUUCCAACAAGUGUUUCAGUGUUCUUUGACGGACUUUCCAAGAGAUGAAGCAAGGAAGAUUCUAGGUAGUUUGGAAGAUGAUGAAGACUGUAGGGAAGAAGCAGAAAGUAUUGAUUUCAAAAAAAGAAAUGCUGUAGAAGUUAUUAAGUAAACUGUGAAAUCAAGAAUAUGCUGUGAAAUUGAUAAUGAUGAUUAAUUGUGAAUACUUUUUGUAAGCAUGUUUUGCUUUACCUACCUCAAGGUGCAACACAGGUAUUUUUGUUUACAUAUUGCUUUUAAGCUAUAGUUUAAUUAGUUGUUUUAUCUGUAAGUAUUAAAUGCAAAUAUAUCAUUUUAGUGUGAG